AUGCAAUCACAUAAUAUCAAAGAUCUAGAUUCUUAUCUCCAGGAAGAGCUUUCCAAGCGUAUUUUCUUCCUCGAUGGGGCCAUGGGCACAAUGAUCCAAGCUCUAGAAUUGACUGAAUCAGACUUUCGAGGAGAAAGAUUCAAAAAUCACCCAAAAGACCUUAAGGGUAACAACGACAUCCUUGUACUGACUCAACCGCAUCACAUUCGGAAUAUUCAUCUACAAUACUUGCAGGCGGGGGCUGACAUUAUUGAGACGAAUACAUUCUCUGCUACCAGCAUUGCACAGGGUGACUAUCUAUGUGAAGACUGUGUUUAUGAUUUGAACGUUGCUGCUGCUAGACUGGCUAAAGAGGCGUGCGACGAAAUGAUGUCGCAAGAUCCGAGCAGACCACGUUUUGUCUGUGGCGGAAUUGGUCCAACUAAUCGUACUGCCUCUAUCUCGCCAUCUGUUGAGAACCCCGCUUAUCGUAAUGUCACCUUUGACGAACUUGUUAAAACAUACAAUGAACAAACUCGUGGGCUUCUAGAUGGUGGUGCCGAUAUGCUAUUGGUAGAAACUAUUUUCGAUACGCUUAAUGCCAAAGCCGCAUUGUAUGCUAUUGACACUCUUUUUGACGAAGGCUACCGCAGAACUCCCAUUCUCAUUUCGGGUACAAUUGUUGAUAUGUCCGGUAGGACGCUAAGUGGACAGACUGGCGAAGCCUUUGUAUCGAGCACUAGUCAUUCAAAUCCGUUAGCUAUCGGACUGAAUUGUGCCCUCGGGGCGUCGCAAAUGCGCCCGUUUAUCAAGAAUAUUUCAGAUUUCACGCACCAUUUUGUGAUCUGCUAUCCGAAUGCGGGUUUACCAAACACCUUUGGUGGUUACGAUGAAACACCAGCGAUGAUGGCCGCGUCUGUCGCCGAGUUUGCUAAAGAUGGAUUUCUAAACAUAGUUGGUGGCUGCUGUGGCUCAACGCCCGCUCAUAUUAAAGCUAUUGUAGAGGCCUGCUCCAAGUUCAAGCCUCGAGUGCCAGCGCGAGAUCUGUCAAAAGAUAACAUGAUAAUAUCCGGACUAGAGUUGUUGAAGAUCAAUGAAGACUCUAUGUUUGUAAACAUUGGCGAGCGAUGUAAUGUCGCCGGGUCUCGAAAGUUUGCUAGGCAUGUAUUAAAUGGCGAAUUUGAAGAGGCCAUGGCUAUCGCUAAACUGCAAGUGGAGGGUGGUGCUCAAAUUAUUGAUGUUAACAUGGACGAAGGAAUGUUGGACGGAGAAGCUGCUAUGACUAAAUUCCUGAAUAUGAUUGCUAGCGACCCCGACGUCGCUCGGCUUCCGUUAAUGGUAGAUUCAUCAAACUUCAAUGUCAUAUUGGCGGGUCUAAAAUGUGCCCAAGGGAAGUGCAUAGUGAACAGUAUCAGUUUGAAAGAAGGCGAGGAAGAAUUUAUUAAGAAAGCUAAAACAAUUCGUCGUUUUGGUGCUGGUGUCAUUGUAAUGGCUUUUGAUGAAACUGGGCAAGCCGCGGAGAAGGAUAGGAAGGUCGAAAUAUGCACGCGAUCCUACAAGAUUCUUACCGAGAAAGUCGGAUUUAAUCCAAAUGAUAUUAUAUUCGAUCCCAAUAUCUUGACAAUUUGUACCGGUAUGGAAGAGCAUAAUAAUUAUGCUGUCGAAUUUAUCGAAGCCACGAGGGAAAUAAAGCGGACACUACCUGGUGCUAAAAUCAGCGGAGGCGUAUCAAACUUAUCGUUCUCGUUCCGUGGAAUGGACCAAGUCCGUGAGGCUAUGCAUAGCGUCUUCUUGUAUCACGCUAUUAAAGCAGGGAUGGAUAUGGGUAUUGUGAAUGCCGGCUUCCUUACCAUCUAUGAUGAGAUUCCGAAGGAUCUUCUCGAACUUUGCGAAAAUGCAACCUGGAAUAGGGAUCCGGACGUGACAGAAAAGAUUCUUGCAUAUGUGCAAACUCACGGAAAAGGCCAAAAGAAGGAAGAAUCUGAAGAAGAGUGGAGAAAAUUACCAAUCGAGAACAGAAUAUCAUAUGCAUUAGUCAAGGGUAUUACGAAAUUCAUCAUAGAAGACACAGAGGAAUGCAGACAACAUCUCUCAAAACCAUUAGACGUCAUAGAAGGUCCACUCAUGAAGGGAAUGAGUACUGUUGGAGACCUUUUCGGCGCAGGCAAAAUGUUCUUGCCUCAAGUUAUUAAAUCUGCUCGCGUGAUGAAGAAAGCUGUAGCACAUUUGAUUCCUUUUAUGGAAGAGGAACGUCUAGCCAAUAUUGCAGAGGGUGGUCUUGAUUCUGGCCCUCAACAUGCAGGCGUCGUUGUGUUGGCCACUGUCAAAGGAGAUGUCCACGAUAUUGGAAAGAACAUUGUUGGAGUCGUGCUUGGUUGCAAUAACUAUAAGGUCAUCGAUCUGGGAGUAAUGACACCAUGCGAGAAAAUCAUCGAGACUGCACUUGCAGAGAAUGCAGAUAUAAUUGGUUUAUCGGGUCUUAUCACGCCCUCGCUCGAUGAAAUGAUAUCUGUUGCAAAAGAGAUGGAGCGACGCGGCCUUAAGAUUCCUCUCUUGAUUGGAGGAGCUACAACAUCCAAAGCACAUACAGCGGUUAAGAUUUCUCCUCAAUAUUCCCAACCGACAAUCCACGUUCUUGAUGCAUCCAGGAGCGUCGUAGUGGCAUCUAAUCUUAUCGAUAGUCAACGCGAUGAAUUUUGGGAAGAUAUUGCUGAAGAAUAUGAAGAAAUACGGGAAGAUCAUUAUGCUAGUUUGCAAGACAGAAAAUACAUGCCGUUAACUGUUGCUCGUGAGAAAGGAUUCAACAUUAACUGGACGGAAUCUCCCAAGCCUGUGAAGCCAACCUUCCUUGGGAAGAAAUUAAUUGAAUCUUACGAUCUUAAAAGAAUCUCUAAAUACAUCGAUUGGAACCCAUUUUUCCAAGUAUGGCAAUUAAGAGGAAGAUAUCCGAAUCGUGGAUAUCCAAAGAUUUUCAAUGAUGAGCACGUCGGCAAGUAUCACAUACCUAUUGAUGGGUCAGACAUCUUUCUUCACAUCAUAGACGCCAAAUUAUUCCAAGCAAGAGGAAUUGUUGGAAUAUAUCCAGCAAACAGUGUCGGUGACGAUAUUCAGCUCUAUAACGAUGAGAAUCGUGAUAAACCAAUAACAACUUUCUUCGGCCUGCGUCAGCAAGCACAAAAAGACAACAAUGAUCCAUAUUUUUGUUUAUCUGACUUUAUCGCGCCCAAGUCAACCGGAAUACCCGACUAUCUCAGUCUCAUGGCAGUUUCAAUCUUUGGUGCUGAAGAAUUAGCACAGAAAUACGAAGCCGAUCAUGAUGAUUAUAUGGUUAUUAUGACUAAAGCGAUUGCCGAUAGAUUCGCAGAAGCGUUUGCAGAGUGUCUGCACGAAGAUAUUCGACGAGAGUUGUGGGGAUACGCAAAGGAUGAGAAGUUAUCUGUUGAAGAAGUAUUAGCAGUAAAGUAUCAGGGUAUUAGACCAGCCCCGGCAUAUCCUUCGCAGCCUGAUCAUCGGGAAAAGAUCACUAUGUGGGAACUGAUGGACAUUAAACAAGAAAUUGGUGUUGAACUGACUGAGAAUUUGGCAAUGUGGCCAGCUGCUAGUGUCUCUGCGUUGGUAUUUGCACAUCCGCAGUCUCAAUACUUUGCGGUUGGCAAAAUUGAGAAGGAUCAGGUUAUAAGUUAUACAGAGCGUACUGAGAGAGACAUGGAAGAAACAGAAAAAUGGCUUCGACCAAUACUAAACUAUGGUAAGAAACUCUUGGUUGAUGCUGAUUAG